AAACAUAUUAACAAAAUAAACACGAAAGAAAAGAGAGAUUUGAACCAAAACCAAAAUUUCUCCUCCCUGAACGACGGUAGUGCGGUUACUCUCAUCGCCUUCUAAUGGUGGUGUCGCUGUGUCCUACCAAAUCAUCCGCUACCAAUGACAAUCUUGAACUUGAAAUUAUUUCCAAGGGUUCAUUACAUUUUGAUGAAUGGGUUUCACUCAUCUUAGAGACUGAGAAAGUAUAUCCUGAUAAUGUGGAGAAAAUAUGUCUAGUUUACGACCAUUUCUUGUCUGAAUUCCCUUUGUGUCAUGGAUAUUGGAAGAAGUAUGCGGCACACAUGUCACGGCUAUGCACCAUGGAUAAGGUUGUUGAAGUCUUUGAACAAGCUGUGUCGGCCGCAACAUAUUCAGUUGGCUUGUGGGUUGACUACUGCAGCUUUGGUAUGUCUGCUUUUGAGGAUGCAUCUGAUAUUCAGAGAUUGUUCAAGAGAGCCAUAUCCUUUGUAGGGAAGGAUUACUUAUGUUAUACCUUGUGGGACAAGUAUAUCCAUUUUGCAUUUUCCCAGCAGCAGUGGCUUUCUCUUGCUCACAUUUAUAUCCAGACCCUCAAAUUUCCAACCAAAAAGUUACACCAGUAUUAUGAUAGUUUUAAAAAGCUGCUAACCUUUUUGGAAGAAGGCAUAACAAGCCAGGACAAUCCUCCAUCGGAAUUACAAUCUGAAUCAUGUUUAGAUGGUGAAAUUCCCAUGACUACGUGUUGCAAUGAUGACGAGAUUUAUUGUAUUAUCAAAGAUAUGACGGAUUCGUCUGUUGGAUUGACCAGUUCAAUAGCCCUAAAAAAGUACAGGAUCAUUGGAGAACAGCUUUAUCAUAAGGCUUGUGAACUGUAUUCAAAGAUUAGUUCUUUUGAGGCAAAUAUUCCAAGAUAUUACUUUCAUGUCCGGCCACUUGAUGCAAAUCAAUUGCAGAAUUGGCAUGAUUAUCUGGAUUUUAUUGAACUUCAAGGGGAUUUUGACUGGGCCGUGAAACUUUAUGAGAGAUGCUUGAUUGUGUGCGCCAAUUAUCCUGAUUACUGGAUGCGUUAUGCGGACUUCAUGGAAGCCAAGGGAGGAAGAGAAAUUGCAAAUUAUUCUCUAGACCGAGCAACUGGAAUUUAUUUGAAGAGUGUGCCAGCAAUCCAUUUAUUUAAUGCUAGGUUUAAGGAGCAAAUAGGAGAUGUUUUAGCUGCUCGUGCUGCGUAUAUUCGUCGCUGUAAAGAGACAGAUUCAGAUUUUGUGGAGAAUGUUAUAUCAAAAGCUAAUAUGGAAAAACGUUUGGGAAAUACGGAGUCGGCUUUCAGUAUAUACAAAGAAGCACUUGAAAUAGCUACAACAGAGGAAAAGCUACAGGCCCUCCCCAUUUUAUAUGUUCAUUUCUCUCGGCUAAAAUAUAUGAGUACAAACAAUGUGGAUGCUGCUAGAGUUGUCUUAACUGAUGGUAUCAGAACCUUGCCUCAAAACAAAUUGCUUCUGGAGGAAUUGAUAAAGUUCUCUAUGAUGCAUGGAGGGAAAAAGCACAUGGAUGUAAUAGAUUCAAUUAUUGCAGGUGCAUUAUCUCCAAAGUCUGAUAGAUCUCAAGGUCUGAGUGCAGAGGAUGCGGAGGAUAUAUCAAACUUAUACCUAGAGUUUGUUGACUAUUGUGGAACCAUAAAUGAUGUAAGGAAGGCAUUGAAUCGACACAUAAGAUUAUUUCCCGACUCUGCACGAAUAAAUUCAUGUCAGUACUCAACCAAAAGUAUAAGACCACCCAAUUUGAUCAAGAACAAGAGAGAAGAGACUUCUGUUUCCAUGUCUGAUGAAGCACCUAUAGAUCCUAGUUCUAACUUGCAAGCGCAUUUACCUCAACAAAACAAGAAAAUGUCGUUGGAGAAAUAUUGUGAUACUCAGUCUGAUGCUGCCAAUGAUGGAUUGGUCUUAAUGGAGAAUAACACAACUCGACCUAAUGAUACAGAUUCGGCCUGUCUUCAAAUUAUGGAGUCAGACGAUAAAGCAGAAGAUAAUGCUAGGGAAUUACCUAUCUCAGUUUCAGAAGAGCCAAGAAACAAUGAUCCUGAACGGCAUUUGUCGUCUGUAGAUUUAGUUGGAGUGAAAGAGGAAUCUACCAAACUUGAGAAUUUUAAAAAAGACUGUUCUGGAUCUGACAUUUCAUCAGAAAAUUUAUUGCAUCCAACAGCCAGUGGAAAUCAACCCUCCCAAGCUUUGCAAGCAUCGUCAAACGAAAAUUCUGUUUUUCCUCAGGGAAAGUGUGAGCUUAAGACUGAAGAAUUGAAGCCACUUUCUGUAACAAGUGAGUCACUGAACCCUCUUGAAAGUACAUGCCCUGAUUCAGGACUAACAGCAUCUCAGGUGGAGUGCAAGACUAUUCCAGAAAGCUGCAAGUCAAAUACCUUAAGUUUGUACAACUCUUCAAGAAGGACUCAAGAUUCUGAUUAUGCCCAAACUCAAGAUGAGAGAAACAGGCCGAAUUCAUCAUCUCAUCUGGACAAUAGAAGAAAUAGACCACUUUUUCCACCUCGAUUUUCUAGAAAUCGUGGUGGAAAUUGGGGUCCAAUAAAAAAUAAUGGUAAAUUUUGUGGAGGUCCUAAAUAUGGUAACCGUGGACGUGGAGGUCCCAAAUAUGGUAAUCGUGAGUACACACAUAGAAAAGAGCACCAGCACCGACAUUCAUCUCUACAGCAAACGCAUACAGCUGGGCGGGGAGCAUAUUUUCCUGUAGUUCCUGUGAGUUCUCAAUCUGCAUUGCAAGUUCAGCAAUGCAAUCAAGGACAAAGCCAAUUUCAAGCCACUGCUCCUACUGCUGAUUUUGUGGCUGCUCAAAGUAGGCCUAUACAAAACAUUCAGACGCAAAACUCUUUAUCUCAGUCCCAAUUACAAGCUAGUACUACAUCAAACGUACCACAUCAAUUGCAAGUUCAGCAAUGCAAUCAAGGACAAAACCAAUUUCAAGCCACUGCUCCUACUGCUGAUUUUGUGGCUGCUCAAAGUUGGCCUAUACAAAACAUUCAGACGCAAAACCCUUUAUCUCAGUCCCAAUUACAAGCUAGUACUACAUCAAACGUACCACAUCAUGCAAUGCAAGGUAAUGAUCAAUAUGGAUAUAUGCAGAAUGGCCAAGACUAUAAUCAGAUGUGGCAUCAUUAUUAUUACCAGCAGCAGCAGUUGCAACUACAACAACAUUAUACUCAAUUGCAACAACAACCAGUGCAACCAGAAUUGUCGCAACAACUUCAACAACAAUCAUUCCAACCGGAAUUGUCGCAACAACUUCAACAACAAUCAUUCCAACCGGAAUUGUCGCAACAACUUCAACAACAAGCAUUCCAACCGGAAUUGUCACAACAACUUCAACAACAAUCAUUCCAACCAGAAUUGUCGCAACAACUUCAACAACAAUCAUUCCAACCGGAAUUGUCGCAACAACUUCAACAACAAAGUCAACCAGAACCUCUUCAACCACAACAGCUGCAACAGUUGCACUUCCAACUGCACCAGUUUCUGCAGCAGCAGCAACCGCAGCAGCAAGAGCAUUCUAUUUACCUUCAGCAGCUACAGCCGUCUACACAAAGCAGCAGCAAACCCGCAGAAGACCAAGCGCAGGUAGUAGUGAUACCACAGGGCCAGGAAGCAAUAUCAUCACAACAAUCAGGCGACCCGGGGUUAUAUUCUUCUCCUGUUCUGCACCAUCCCCAAGAAAAACCUGCCCAAGAAGAGUAACAUUUCCUAGUAGAUUUGAUAGGUUUUUAAUUGUAAUAUUCAGAAUUUACUACGUUCUAAACAUAAUUUUUUAUCAGUGUCCAACUAAUAGGAAAAAUGUUAACAGUAGUUUGCAUUAAUAGUGUAAGAGUAUAUCAGAGUUGUUUGGUCAUUCUAGUGAGUUGCUGAGUUUUGAUGGCACAACUUCAUAUGCUCACCGACCAUCCAUAAGUUAUAUAUAGCAGGGGUAGUACUUAUAUAUAAAUUUGUAGCACAAAAAGUAUGAAUGAUUUUAUAAACUGAAA